AUGGCUCGCGCUGGAACCCAACGGACUCGUUCCCAGAACACUCAGCCUCAGGCGUCCCAGUCGCGCCAACCGCGGGGUAGCCAACGUCCUCGCCAGCCUUCGAGACAUGGAAGACAAGAAGAAGACGAACCUGAAGAAGACGAAGAGGAGGAGGAGGAGGAGGAGGAGGAGGGAGAUGAUAUGGACGUUGAUGCUGAUCUGAGAAAGGGAGAUGCGGACGGUGAUCUCUUGAGGAAAGCGAACGACCUUGUACGCCUCGCGUUAUUCAACGAACACAAGAGAACGCCGCUCAGACGCGAUGAAAUCUCGAAGAAGGUCAUGGGUUCGAAUGGGCGUGCAUUUACACGCGUCUUUCAACUAGCUCAGGAGAUCCUCGGUAAAACAUUCGGUAUGGAACUCGUCGAACUCAGAUCGAGAGCCGAGCUCGAGAAAGGUGCAGCCCCUAGUGGCGGAGGUGGCGGAGACGAACUCGAUGAAGUGCAGAAGGCAACAACUGUCAAGAAGAAAUCGGCUGCGGCUGGAUCAAAGACGUAUAUCCUCCGGUCUACUCUCCAUCCAGUUAUUAUAGACUGUGCGGCUCAAACGUACCCAGAGAUCCUUGAAGCUGAGACCGCAGACAUGGUUCUGGAAGAUGUCGACGACGAUGAAGACACUCCAGCUCUUCGAGUCCACGGAAGUAUCAUCGCUUGGAAUACUGGUGAUGACCUUGGUCCUACUGGCAUCUUAUACGUUAUCCUCGCGCUGAUCCUCAUUAAUGGUCGUGUUCUUGGUGACACUGAACUGCGAGCAUAUCUUAAACGCCUCAAGAUCCCCGUGUCGCACGGGAAUGUGCACUUCAGCGCGAAAUCUACCCACCAAUCUAUGACUGUCGAUGCGUAUCUCUCCCAGUUGAUCAGGCAGGGAUAUAUUGACCGUCGCAAGGUUGGUGAGUCAAAGAAAGGGAAAGGGAAGAGUAAACGUGGACGCGUGGCCCAAGAUGAUGACUCGGGGGUAACUUACGAAUGGUGCUGGGGCAACCGUGCCCAAAGCGAGGUCGGGGAGAAAGGCAUUGCUCAGUUUAUAGCUAAGUUUAUGGCCGGGGAAGAUGAGGACGACGAGGAGGACGAGGACGCACCCCGUGCGCGGCACAGACAACCAAAGGGCCCGAGCAAGUUUGACCGGAUGGUGACGGGUAUCGAACGAGCAGCAGGCGGGGAUUUGAACGAUGUCAAAUAG